GCAGAUUUCAGGCAUCCGGUCGCCGUGGAGUUCACUGUUCCCACCAAAUUUCGAAUUUCGAAGAUAUUCGCCUCCACUGCUGCGCAGACUCAGUCUGAUCAGUGAUUUGGCCCGAGAAGCUCACCUUGGUCCUGGACCUUGGACCUUGCAACCUUGGUGCAAAGCCUGCUGGCCCGCGCAAUAGAAUGUGGAGAGUUUCUAGGGCCAUAUCGGGCGCCUUACUUCAACACUCUCGCUCGCAGGCUUUCCUCCCAUUCUGCUUUGUGCUUGGUGAUUGCGUCCUAUGGAUCCGUAUGCAGCAGGGAACUAUGAGAGGGGGGGACCUUCCAGGAAGACUUCGGGGGCAUCGUCGAGAAGGAAGACGUCCCAAUCAGUGGGUCCAAAGAGUCCUGUGCCAGGGCCCAGGUCGAUGGGCGACCGGACGGUGAAGCGGCUGCGGCUGUCCAAGGCCCUCACUGUGUCGGUCAGCCACAACGUGACCACCGUGUGCCAGAGCAUGUCUGCCAGGCGCGUGGAUGCCGCUCUGCUCACUGACUCCAGUGCAUCGCUGUGCGGCAUCAUCACCGACAAGGACAUUGCCACCCGUGUGAUUGCUGAGGGCCUGAACCCGGACGAGACUCUCGUGUCAGAUGUCAUGACCCGACAACCCCGCUUUGUGGAGGCGGAGUCGAGCGCUGUGAAAGCACUCCAGAUUAUGGUCACAGGCAAGUUCCGGCAUCUGCCGGUGGUUGAGAACAACGAGGUGAUUGCGCUGCUGGACAUCACCAAGUGCCUCUACGAUGCCAUUGCUCGCAUGGAGCGGGCGGUGGAGAAGGGCACGGAGCUAGCGCAGUUUGCGGAGGACCGCUGGGGCAAGGACGCGGACCUGAGCAGCUACCUCAAGGUGGCGGAGAGCAUGCUGCAGCCGACGCUCGCGCAGGUCAUCAAGGGCUCCAAGGUGGCGCUCGUGCUGCCCAGCGACAGCGUGCUGGACGCCACGCGCCGCAUGCGCGACCUCAAGGUGCACGCCGUCAUCGUCGCCACCGAGGGCCGCCCGCUCGGCAUCCUCACCUCCAAGGACAUCCUCAUGCGCGUCGUCGCCGUCGGCCUCAAGCCCGACGAGACCCCCGUGGCCGAUGUGAUGACCAAGAAGCCCGAGACGACCUCGUUGGAGACCACCAUCGUGGAUGCGCUGCACAUCAUGCAUGACGGGCGCUUCCUGCACCUCCCCGUAGUGGACAAGAGUGGCGGCUGCGUGGGUUGCGUGGACGUGCUCAUGCUCACGCAGGGCGCCGUCAACCAGGUUUCCAAGGCGGAGAACGAGAGCCCGUUCAUGUUGCAGCGCUUCUUUGAGGCGGCUGCCGAUGGGCGCGACGAGGACGCGGACAACACCAGCGUGCAGAGCAGCGAGAUGGUGGCCUCGGAGCGGUACCCCGGGCCCGGCGGGCCAGCGCUGCAGACCGUGUUCACCUUCAAGGUCGAGGACAACCUGGGGCGCAAGCAUCGCUUCAGCUGCGGGUGCCAGAGCAUGGCGGAGCUCGUGGUGGCGCUGUCCAGCCGGCUCGACCUGCCGCCAGCCGCCAUCCCGCCAAUCUCGUACAUUGACGACGAAGGGGACCGCGUGCUGCUGUCCGGUGACGGUGACCUGUCGUCCGCCGUCAAUGUGGCCAGGACGGCCGGGCUCAAGAAUCUUCGGUUGUACCUUGAAUUUGCUCGCGGCUCUCAAAAGGGUCAACCGAAGAAUGUCAGUCAAGCAACAUCGUCCUGGUCAAGUACAAAUACCCUCUUGUUAGCUACAACAGUUGCAGCAUUAGGAGUGGCAGCGGCUAUCUACCUAAGAUCGGAAAGAUCCAGGGGCUCGUGACAGGGUACGGUAUGUCUACUUAAGAGAUGCCAAUGCUUAUCAUAUCGUGAAAACAGCUACACGACUCGCUCGAGGAUAUGCCGUUCAAUGUGUAGAAGGGCCGGAAUCUGAGUUUGAUGUCACUGCCGCGUCGUUGCUCAGCUUUUGGCCUGUACGUAUUUGAUUGUGACAUGCC